AUGCGACUACUUUCCUCGCCGAUAUUAUUCUCGGGGCUCUCUGUCCUCGCUGGCCAGAUUCCCGCCCGCGACGGCGUGCUUGGCGGGGUGUCGCAGAAUCGCGCUCCAAUCGUCGAGCAGCAAGUUUUAACGCCGUUCGCCACGACGCCGGGGGCAUUACGGGUGACGGAGAAUUCUGGUAUAUGUGGUGCGUUGCUGUUCGAGUCACCGCAUCGAAUCGUCCCCGCUGACUAUCAAUACAUCGACGCAGAAACGACGCCAGGUGUCUUCCAAGCAUCCGGCUACGGCGAUUUGACUGCGUCGGAGAGCAUAUUUUUCUGGUACUUCGCCGCGCGGAACAACCCCGACACAGCGCCUCUUUCUCUAUGGUUCAACGGCGGACCCGGAAGCUCCAGCAUGAUUGGCCUCCUGCAGGAGCUCGGGCCCUGCCGAAUCAACAACGACUCGGCCACCGUCAGCCUGAACCCUUUCUCCUGGAACACGAACAGCAACAUGCUCUUCAUCGACCAGCCUGUCGGCGUUGGCUUCUCGCACGGCACCAUGUCCGUCGGGACAUCUCAGGCUGCUGCCGCGGACGUCUGGUCGUUCCUGCAGAUAUUCCUGAAGGAUUCACGCUUUGCUAGUCUUGCGUCGCGGGACCUCGCUAUCUGGACUGAGUCUUACGGUGGUCAUUACGGCCCGACAUUUGCGGCGUAUUUCCUUUCGCAAAAUGCCGCGAUCGCUGCUGGGACGAUCACCGGCAUCAAGCUGAAUCUCAAGACCCUUGGAGUGGGCGACGGGCUAACGGAUCCCAUUGCGCAAUACCCUGGAUAUAUCUCCUAUGCUGCGAGUAAUCCUUACCACACACUUGUUUCUUCAAGUGUCCUUUCACGGGCUAAUACAUCGUGGAAUACGGCUUCCACCGGAUGCAAAGCGCGGAUCACGGCGUGCAAUGCCGGCGGGUCCAACUCGGUAUGCUCCGCGGCACAGAGCAACUGCAACAACAACAUCCUCUCUCCACUUGCGGGCAACUGGGAUGUGUACUACGUCCCGACAGCAAACCCCGACCCGUACCCACCAGAUAUCACGUCGUAUCUCGCCUCCAUUAGGAGCAAGGUUGGCGGCGAGGUAACUUGGCAGGAGACAAAUGACAAUGUGUACGACAACUUCGCGGCAACGGGCGACUGGAUGCGCACGAGCCUGCCCAAUCUCGAGACGGUCAUCAACGCGGGCGUGCGGGUGAUUAUCUACGACGGCGACGCGGAUUACAUCCUGAACUUUAACGGCGUCGAAGCGAUGGUGGAUUCGCUGAACACAAAGUUCAGCGCGACGUUCAAGCAGCAAGUCUUUGCUCCGUAUAAGGUCAAGGGCCUCCUUGCGGGGCAGUUCAAGAAUGCUGGGACCUUCUCCUACAUUCGCAUCUAUGGUGCCGGCCAUGAGGUCCCCGCCUACAAGAAUGGAUCGCUUGCAGUGGGACAGGCGGCAUUCCAGAUGUUCUCACAAAUUAUGGCGAACCAGUCGCUAUCUUCUACCUGA